AUGUAUUUGAAAUCUUCUCUUGUCGCGAUAUUAUCAGUUGCCUUGACUGCCUUGUCCCAAGAGCCCGGAGGAGCGACUGCCCCAUUUGCCAUUAUCACGGCCACGGAGACCUCAGGGAAUACCAAUCCUGGUGAUGUCAGUUUCAUCUUAUCUCCAGAGGGCAAGGACAGACUCAGCGCUCUUUUCGAAGAAGUGGCCGCCGCAUGCGCGAACACGCGCGUUAAGCGGUCUGGUAGCUGCGAGUUAUCGCAAUUAUCGCGUCCUGGAGCUGGAGGAGGUGUCCUGGAGUUUGAUAUUGACUUUGGGAUUAAUAUUCCCAUGUUCACCGCAGGGGAUGUUGCUGUCGCACUGCAGAGCGUACCGGCAGCUGUGGCCGUGGCUUUCAUUGCCUACGUGAUUGGAAAUGGCAAAGUCCCCGACGCUGUUAAAAUUCCGGCGACAGACACCAUCAAGACGACUACGGCAGAAGCAACGUCAACAACUGAAGACGGUGACCUCGCACCCUACGUGACCACUAAUUACCCAGAAGUUCUCCCGACCGAGGCAGUUGAUUCGGAUGAGGCCUACGCCCUGGAUUCGUUUAUGCAAGCCUUCUUGCUAUCUUAUUUUCCCACACAGACUGAACUCACGGGUCUGCCAACUCUGACAAAUACCGCAUCCACAACCCCUGGUACCAUAAGCAUAUCAACUCCUGCUGGUAGCUCUUGUGCGAAGACCGCUACGAGCGAGCUUUGUACUGUUCCGCGAGAGCCUUGUGCCACUUCUGUGACCUGCUUUCCUGAAAUCCGAAGACCAGUCGAUAAAUAUGGCGCCGUUCGACCGGAUCAGUACCGGGAAGCCGCCGAUAAGGCAUGUGCAGCUUUUGCCAAUAAAGGCACACUUGAGGCCAACUUGGGUCGAGGCUCCUAUGUAUAUCAAGCAAAGGACGGGAGUGUGCCAUAUUGGUUCAAUGUUGGUGUCAGCAGUGGGUCCCAAACGUGCAAAGACGAAAAGCUUGAUGAUCCAAUCGGCGAUGGCUCGCACACGUGCAGCAGUAUCCUCAAAGAUAGUAUUUUUGGCUGUAAUAAUGGUGGGCGUGGAGGUUUCGUCCAAGUAGGAUGUCUGACAUAUGCGUUUGAUGUUUGCAGCGGAAAUGGUGAUAUUGAAGCGGAAGGGGCAUGCUUUACGAGUGGUAUGGGUGCGCCUUGGGUAGUCACUUAA